AUGGCCGGAAAGGACGCUACCAAGGGCAAGAAAGCCGCCCCCAAGGGCACCAAGCAGGCCAACGCUGCCGCCAAGGCUGCUCUCAAGGGUACUCACUCCAGCAAGAACCGCAAGGUCCGCCUGAGCACCUCUUUCCACCGCCCCAAGACCCUCAUCGCCGCCCGUGCUCCCAAGUACCCCCGCAAGUCCAUCCCUCACUUGCCCCGUCUCGAUGAGCACAAGAUCGUCAUCCACCCUCUCAACACUGAGAGCGCCAUGAAGAAGAUGGAGGAGCACAACACCCUCGUCUUCAUCGUCGACAUCAAGGCCAACAAGGCCCAGAUCAAGCAGGCCCUCAAGAAGCUCUACGACAUCGACACCGUCAAGAUCAACACCCUCAUCCGCCCCGAUGGUUCCAAGAAGGCCUACGCCCGCCUCACCCCUGACGUCGAUGCCCUCGACAUCGCCGCCAACAAGCUGUCGCUCGUAUAA